AUGGCAACGCUCACCGAAGGUCGUCUUUCAGCUUUAUUCCAUGAAUUAGGACUAGAAGCUUGGCCAUCACUAUCUCCAAAUACAGAUAUCAACCACAACCCGGUUGAAAUAUACAUCAGGCAUUUAGCGGAAAUACUGGUUCAAGUCACUGGUUGUGACCCUCAAGUUGCACUUGAGUCUAUACAAUGGCCAGUGGAAGACUGGGACCUUGUUGUCGCCCUCCCUCGCCUUCGACUUGAAGAUAUCGACGGCGACAACCCUGCUGCAGACCUCAAACAAAGGGUACGAUGCGAUGUGUAUUCCACCUACGUGCUUGAGGACUCUUGGCUAACUUUGCAGUUUCCCCCCUCGUCCCUGUUCGCAAACCCCGUGGACGAUGGGAUUCAGUUACGCUUUCUCUUUGCGCCGAUUACCCUUGCACGUAUCCUCCUCUCUUACAUCCUUGACCGCGGUACUUUAUAUGGAAGUGUGGCCGAGGAUGAGGUUGUCGGCGUUGCGCCUCCCUACAGUACUGUUAAGAAGAAGCUCGUUGUGGACUUCUCCUCCCCAAACCUCGGCAAGGAGUUUGAUGGUAAUUACUUGAGAAGCACCAUCAUCGGCAACCACAUUGCAUCACUGUACCAUGAACUCGGGUGGGAUGUGUGUAAAAUGAACUUCCUGGGCGACUGGGGCCGGAAUAUUGGGUUGCUGGCGGUGGGCUGGCUCAGAUUUGGGUCCGAGGAGCUCUUUAAGUCAGAUCCACUGAAGCAUCUUGUGGAUGUUUUCUCACAGAUAGAUACCCUCUCGCGCACUGCACUGGCAGAGGAGAAAAGAGCGAUCACGGCAGACAAGGAAGCAUUCUUUAGACGAAUGGAAGAUAGGGAUCAGGAGGCUGUCGAGCUAUGUCGCAAAUUCCGUGAUGCUUGCUUACAACAGUACGAAGAGCAGUACGCAAGACUGAACAUCACAUUCGACGACUACUCCGGAGAAUCUUUGGUUAGACCUGAGACCAUCGCCGAAAUCGAGACGGCUCUUCGAGACCGUAACGCUUACCGACAAAGUGAAGGUGCUUGGGUUAUCGAUUAUGAAAGCUUGGGGUACAGGGGUUCGACGACUUCAAUUGCACGAUAUAGUGACGGAACAACCACUUAUCUCUUGAGAGACAUUGCUGCAGCAGUGGAGCGAUACAAUCAAUUCUCCUUCGACAAAAUGAUUUACGUGGUGACCUCGAGACAAGACUCGCACUUUCGCGAGGUCAUUGCCGCUCUUGAGAUUAUAGGUCAGUCUGACUUGGCGGCGAAGUUGCAGCAUGUGAGUUUUGGGAGGUUAAAGGGUCUCUCACGGCCUGAAGGCAGUAAUGGCUUGCAACUGAAAGAUAUCAUCGACCAAUGUCAAGGCACAGUGGGCCAAUUUCUGGAAGCGAACCCUGAAGAUCUCGAAGAACUUCGUGGUGAUACUACUAAUGACGUCUCUGGCAGUCUUGCUGCGGUAGGCCUCAUGGCACAAGAACUUUCCAUCCGCCGCGGCACCACGUUCAACUUUGAUCUUCACAAGAUGGGAGACAUGGACAGCCAUUCUGGCCUGAGCCUUCACUAUUGGUUUACUCAAGUUGACUGCAGACUCCAAGGGGUGAUCAUCGACCGAGCAGAGCUUGAGAAUGCAGACUAUACAAUAUUUGAGGGGGAAGCAUACUUUGAUACAUUGCGUGUUCUUAUUCAAUUCCCAGGCAUGGUCAAGACAUCGGUCAAGAACUUGGAAUCUUCGGUAAUCAUCAAUUAUUUGUAUCGUCUGACCGAUGUACUCUCUACGAUAUUUGAGAACGAGGUGGAGGGAGUUGGCGAGAGUUCACAGCAAAACAUGGCCCAACUUGCCUUCUUCGAAUGCGUCCGUCAGACAUUGAGCAAUGGGAUGGCAAUGCUUGGGAUGGUGCCACUACGAAUGCAAGUCUUUCUUCACUUGGUCGCAGUCAUGUUGCUGACUCAAUGUCUACUAGUGGGCAGUCAGAAAGUGUUGAUCUGA